AUGCUCUCCACAACGCCAGCGCGGCAGCGCUCGCGACUCUCCCAGUCUCGCCCACCGGCCAGCGCCCGCUCACGAACAGCACCACGUACCGAAGCUCCCGAGCUGCCGCCCUAUGAAACCCCUCACGCACCUCUCUCGGCCGAUGCGCAGCGCCAACUCGCGACACUCCUGCAAUCGUCACAACUGCGCAACGUCAAAGUCCACUUGCAACAUGCGACAGAAAAGCUCACCGACUCCGCGGGCGAAAUCAACGAGCGGCUCAGCGAUGCGCGGGUGCGGUAUGAGAAAAUGAAAGAGCGGCGGCGACAGGCGCAGGUGGAUGGUGAGGAGGAACAGGACGCGGAUAAUGAGGAGUACCAGCGGCUUGCGGAGACGGAGACGCUGGUGGAUUCAGUGACGGGCCGGAUGGAGGAGAAGAUGCGGCGAAUGAUCGAUGCUGAGCAGAAAUUGCGCACGUUGACGGAUUCUUUGACGAAUAUUGAGAAAGAGGAAGCUCCCGCUGAAUCGACAACGCGAGCUUCGCGAGUCAGUGGGCGGCUGAGGCCACGGCGGGGAGCGGAUGACGACGAUGAAGAGGAAAGUGAUGACGAUGAGCAAGAUGCGGACUACGAGGACGCCGAGGAGCGCGAGGCUCGGGAGCGCAAUGCGCUGAAUCCGCCGAGCGGGAAGUUAGAUGGCUCGCUGGUCGAGGGGACUGAUAAAUGGAACCAGUUGACGUUGACUGAGCGCUACGCCGGGCACAAUUCCUACGUCGGGUUCUACCGUAUCGUGCACGAUUCCAAAUUUCCUGGCGAUGAGGUGCCGCCGCUCCCCCACUCCUCAACCUGGUUCUCGCAUCUGGAAGACCCCAAUGCGCGCACCAGCGACUCUACCACAGAUAAUCUCCGCCGCACCCGCAACCAACGCGAACCAUCGCCCGCUGAAUCCGAUGACAUCGCCAUUGAGCGCGAGCGCAUCUCUAUACGAUGCCCACUUACCCUGCGGCCCUUCCAGGACCCGGUCACUAGCAUCUCAUGCCGACACAGCUUUGAGCGGGAGGCUAUCCUGAACAUGCUAUCGCAAGCGCCCGCGACUGGGCGCGGCGCGGCGCGUCGCAAGACCAUCAAGUGUCCCGUUUGCAAGGCCCCGCUGACGGCGGAAGAUCUACCCCGCGACCCGGUCCUAUUGCGGCGGGUGCGGCGCAUAGAGGCACGGGAGGCGGAGGAGGAUCAUGACGAAGAGGGCGCGCGUCUGCGCGAUCAGCGCGACCGGGUGACGCUGGCGAGCGACGCGGUCGAGGACGACGACGCGAUGGAUGUGGAUAUGUCUGACUCAGCCCACACGCAAAUCAAGUCAGAACCUGUGCGAAUCAAGGCAGAGCGACAGACGACAGCGCUGGAAACUAGCAGUGAAGACGACUCCAACUCCGUCGAGACAUCUGACGACGACGACGACGACGAGGAGGAGGAUGAGGAUUGA